AUUCAUUUCACAAUGUUGCGCCCAAACGCCAUCGCUCUCGUUUCCACUUUUUGUCUUUUCCAGACUUCGGUAGCAAUCAAUGCAUGCCCUGUUACUGAUACAGCCUUUACCGGAAGUCAGGGCAUUAGAUAUCGUGUCUGCCCCGGCACCGACUUGAUUGGAGGUUCACAAUCAGUCACGCCUAAUGUCGCCUCUACUACAGCGUGUGCGCAACUUUGCGACGGUGCCAUGAACUGCUUCAAGGCCGUUUACGAUACACAGACCAAAGACUGUCACAUCAAGGCCACCGCUGGCCUGAACUGGCAACCCAAUGCACGCUACAAUGUCAUCCAGGCAGAGCAAAUCAACAUAGCGAAGUGCCCCUACCCCGAGACAACGUACACAAAUAACGGCAAGACCUUCAAUAUCUGCCGUGACACCGAUAUUCGGGGCGGAAGUGCGCAAGUGAUCAAUGGAGUCACAACACUAAACGAUUGUGCUCAGCGUUGCUCGUUAGUCGACACCUGUGUCCAAGCAGUCUACGAUUCGGCCGCUUCGGUGUGUCAUAUCAAGGUGGACGCGAACGCAAAUACCCUGAUAUGGUCGACAGACAAGCGUUUUGAUGUCAUCCGCCGAGCAAUCACGGCUAAUUCAGCGACAAACGGAGCCUGGUCUGACUUAGUCAGACUGCCAGUCAUUCCAGUGGCUGCUUAUGUAGUGCCGGCGUUCCCCUCUUCAAGCCGAUUGAUGGUCUUUUCCAGUUGGGGCGUCGAUGCUUUCGGAGGCGAGAGUGGCCGCACCCAGUUUGCAGACUACAAUUUCAACUCUGGCGCUGUUUCUGCCCGUACAGUGGCCGAAACUCAGCACGACAUGUUUUGUCCCGGUAUCAGUGCUCUGGAAGAUGGACGCAUCCUCAUUCAGGGUGGGUCAAACGCCAAGAAGAACAGCUACUACAACCCCUCCACCAACACUUUCACCGGCGCACCAGAUUUGAUCAUGGCACGUGGCUACCAGACGUCUGUUACCCUGAGCGACAACCGUGUCUUCACCAUCGGUGGUGCCUAUUCCGGUCCGCGACAGGGCAAGGACGGCGAAGUUUUCGACCCGAGGAGCAGCACUUGGAAAUCACUCCCCGGCGCAAGGAAUGGACCAAUGCUCACUACCGAUGCCGAAGGUAUCUGGCGAGAGGAUAACCACGGCUGGCUGUUUGCUUGGAAGAACGGUUCGAUCUUCCAGGCUGGCCCGAGUAAGGCUAUGAACUGGUACAGCGCCAACGGAGAUGGUGCUCAGGUCGCAGCCGGUACACGAGACACCGAUGAUGCCAUGUGCGGUAUUUUUGUUAUGUACGAGCCCGGCAAGAUCCUCACUGCCGGUGGCUCGCCUGAUUACACCAACUCCGACGCCAACAAACGUGCUCACUUAAUAAGUAUUGCUGAGUACGGCCAAGCUGCUACCGUAGAGCGUGCUCCUGAUAUGGCAUACCCUCGUGGUUUUGCGAACGCCGUCGUGCUCCCUGACGGCACUGUUCUUGUCACUGGUGGUCAGCGCCGCUCGAAGGUCUUCACCGAUGAUGAUGGUAUCCUCCAGGCUGAGCUCUUCAACCCGGCAACUAAGUCUUGGAAGACCCUCGCAGCUGAGGCAGUCCCUCGUAACUACCACGCUGUUAGCAUCUUGCUCCCGGAUGGUCGUGUCUUCAGUGGCGGUGGCGGUCUUUGCUACAUUGCUCCAGUUGGCGGAAGCACAGUCAACUGCAACAAGCUUGUUGACCACGCUGAUGGCCAGACCUUCUCGCCUCCUUACCUCUUCAACGCUGAUGGCUCCGCUGCUGCCCGUCCUGUCAUCUCAGCACUCAGCUCCACUAGCGUCAGGGUCGGUGGUCAGUUUAGCAUUACCACGUCUACUGCCAACCCCAUUUUCGCUCUCGUCCGCAUUGGUAGCGUCACACACUCGGUCAACAGUGACCAGAGGCGCAUUCCACUGACGACCGUCACGCGCAAUGGCGCACAAUAUACCGUCACUCUGCCUAACGAAAGCGGUAUUGUGAUCCCCGGACACUACUACCUGUUCGCUCUCACCGCUACUGGUGUUCCGAGUAUUGCACGAACAGUCAAGGUUACUCUUUCCUAGAUAUCCCCUUCAUUCUUUCAUGCUUCUUGUAUCGUCAUGAUAUGAGCACAAACUACAACUUCCUCAGGAGUAUAUCUAUAUCUGUACUCCCUGCUGUACACAGUAUCAAAUAUAGCAAAUAUGUCCUAAGAAUAUUGUCAUCUACACUCGUGCAAUUGUAAUCAGACAGAUGUUACUACGCUUAGUGAAUACCAAAACCACCG